AUGAGCGGACGCGGCAAGGCAGGAAAAUCGAAGGGAGGCAAAUCCAAGACCAGGUCGUCCCGGGCCGGACUCCAGUUCCCGGUCGGACGUAUCCAUCGUCUGUUGAGGAAAGGAAACUACGCCGAACGUGUCGGAGCUGGAGCCCCGGUAUACCUGGCCGCCGUCAUGGAGUACUUGGCAGCUGAAGUUUUGGAGUUGGCCGGUAACGCCGCCCGUGACAACAAGAAGUCUCGUAUCAUCCCCAGACAUUUACAAUUGGCCAUCAGGAAUGACGAGGAGUUGAACAAAUUGUUGUCCGGAGUAACCAUCGCCCAAGGUGGUGUGUUGCCCAACAUCCAAGCCGUGCUCUUGCCCAAGAAGACCGAGAAGAAGGCUUAA